GGCGCGGCGGUCGGUGGUUCGUGACGUGCACCACAGAAAAAAAAGAGAGGGCCGCAUCAGGGAUUGGACAUCGGGAUGUUCAGAACAGGGACAGUUCCCGAAAUAUUAGGGUUAGGGUUUUAGGAAAAACUUUGAGCUCAACGACGAAAACUUGAUUUUGAAAUUAGUUAGUGCACGAUUUAACUCAGCGAAUUUUGGGAUGUUACAGAGAGCCAUCCCCACAGGCUCCCGUAUCACCACAACCAUGAGAUCCAUCCCCACAGGCUAGAGUAUCACCAACACGAGAGCCAUCACUACAUGCACCAUGGACUCGAUCACCGGACCCGACUUCGAUUGCUCGACCAUUGCUGCCUCGAAUGCUGAGGCCAUACCAAAAGGACAAAAAAGGGUCAGAAAUCAUUAAUAGAUGGCACGCCGCAAAUAUAAAGUCUGAUGCAAAGUCUAAGAAGGCUAAGUCCAAGGAUAAUCUAGCAAGUUCUAGUGGCAGUAGAUGGUCUGGCUUUUCUAUGCCCCGCACUGACACGGAUUUCAAAUUGUCAAUUGGGGUUGAUGAAAUUCAAGACUUGGAGGAUGCUCCUUUAAAGUUUCUGUAUGGAAAGGACUUGCUACCGGACUGGGCACUAAGGGAUUGUCCUUAUUAUAUGCGGAGGCUUCAUCAUUGGUACAAGAGGGCAUGUAUACUUGGCCUUAAAACCAUAUAUGCUUCGCACCAUCUGGAUGUUUUCGGACCUAAGGGGUCCGGAAUGUUUGAUAUCAUGUUCGAUUUUGCAGACAUGCAACACAUGUUCCGUCUCCAACAACUUGGUAUUGAAAUGGUUCGACUCUGGUGCAUGAUGCAAACAUAUGAUACCAUUAUUAUAAAGAAAAACGUCCGAUACCUUGACCCUGCUACGAUUUGCGAGGCUGCGCAUGCCUCGCCAAAAUGGAUGCUGGACACUGAUGACUACCUAAAGCCAUUUCCAACCAAGAAGGAAAAAGAAAAGGCACGAAAAAAAUUUCAUGACGAGACCAUCUCAAACAUUGCGGCCUACAUAUUGCUUAUGAUGACACAGUGGGAAGAAAUGGAUGUCAUAUAUGCUCCAUACCACAUCCAAAAUCACUGGAUUGCUUUCCUUAUACAACCAAAGCUCGGAAAAAUUCUCAUUUUUGACUCCUUGGAUUGGUCAACCAAGCGUUACGAAGAAUUCUUAAAAAUUAUACAAUUGGCUUACAAGUUCUACAUUCGUAAAGGAGGAGCUCAUCCCGCCGACAAACCUAGUGAAAUGACUCUGCGCACAAGAUUCCCUUGCCAGAAGCAACCCGCAGGUUCUGUGUACUGUGGAUACUACAUGUGCGAGAAUAUGAGGCAGCAAAGGAGAUAUACUAUAGAUCCAGAACGUAUUCAUCCUGAAGAACACGGUAGCCAGCUCUAGGAGAAACAACUUCUAAAUGUAGUCGACGAUUUGUGCCGUUUCAUUAUGCAUGAAGUGGUCAAUGCGAGGGGCAAAUUUUUCCAUGAAGUACAAGAUAUGGCAACCGAAGAUAAAUACAUUGGGCUUCGUGAAUGGGAGAACCAACAGCACGUGUCGCCACUAGUAGCGGUCCUAGGGAGGAUUAGGAGAAAAACAUGUAUUCAAUAUACACUUUAACAAUUUGUACUGUAAUGAUGUUUAGUUUUCAUAUAAUUUAAUUUUGUAUGCGUAUGAAUUUUUA